GAGUGUCAUCGCCCCCGUUCAAGCGUAAACAAUCCCGUUGUUUGUGCUGUGGAUUCACACGAUCUCACCCCUAAUCGCUUUCGCUACCAGCUCGCAGCCACAGCAUGAGAAGAACUAAUUAGGCUGAUCCGUUCCGGAUAUCCAGAUCUCCGUACGGGGUGUUUUCCACCUUCCCAGCUUUCCCCCAGCGUGUGUGUGUUUUUGUGCGUGGUUGGCUUAGAGUAGCAAUCGUGAAGUGGGACGAUGCUCACGUCGAAAAUUUCAAAAAUUGGUAAAGUGGUAAUAUGUGGUGGCAAGGGUGUUGGGAAAACCGCUAUGCUGGAACAGCUCAUCUACGGCCACGUUACGAUCGAUUCGGAGCUGCACAGCACGAUCGAGGACACAUACGUGGCCAGCGUAGACACGGGGAAGGGUAGCAGAGACAUGCUGCGCAUUUACGAUACCGCCGGGCUGCAGGGCAACGUGCAGCUGCCCCGGCACUAUCUCCUCUUUUCGGAUGCUUUUAUACUGGUGUACGAUCCGAGCGAUCCAGCCAGCCUGGACCUGUUGGCCGGAAUUAAGAAUGAUAUCGAUAAGUACAAGGAUAAGAAAGAGAUGAUAAUUGUUGUGAUAGCAAAUAUGCACUCACGCCAAGCACGCUUGACGGGUGGGCAACCGAUGAACGCCCCCACGACAGGUGGCCACCCGCUGCCACAUUCGCCAAACGGUACUCACCACAGCAAUGGCGCACACAGUGGUCCCCAAAGCGGCAACAACGAUCUAAUUGAGUCCAAUCUUAACCGCGCCAACAAUUGGUGCGCACGGGAACGUAUCAAACACUACACGGUGAAUGCGAUGGAACGUGCAUCGCUGUACGAACCGUUCAUACAGCUCGCCAUCCGGCUGUACCCGACGCAAACCAAAAGCUCCUUUCCCCAGCUCAGGCAGCUCACGCAAAAAACGUCCAAGGUGGACAACAGCUAGUGUGGUUGGUUAGCUGUUUUGUGUGUGUGUUUUUUCGUAAACUGUGGCAGAGCUUUAUUUAUGUUUAGUAGAAAUAGUUUAUGCGAUGUUAGUGGCGCUGCUAAUUGGCUGUUGAAGCAUAGCGAAACCAAAAAAACACAACAAAAUCUAACACAAUCGAGAGUUCGAUCAGAGUACGCCCGAUCCUGUGCACGUUCACGAUGCGAUCGAGGCGCACUACAUGCGAGUAUAUAGAGAUGCAAUUGAACGAUGCAAUAUUAUAAUUUUGCUGCUCAUUUUAUAGCAUUCUCAGCAUGCUAUAAUAGUAGAUGGUGAUAAGCGGACGAGGGAAUCCUCACACUAUUUUUACCCUAAAGUUAGUGUAAAAUGUAUUUUAUUUAUGAACCCUGUUUCUAAACUUGCUUUUAUCCUCCCUCCCACCCGGAGGGACACCUUCCUAAAGCUGCAAUUAGUAGUAUUUUUAGGGUACUUUUUUUAUUACAAAUCUGUGAGACAAGUCUUUCGUACUUAAAAGCUGCAAUGCUCUAGCUCUGUGUGUAAGCAUACAAUCGAAUCGGGUAAAUUAUUAAUAAAUCACGUUGUAAGUGUGCAACACCUUGAUAGCAGUAAGUUGCAACAAAUAUGUUUUAUUAUUAAAAAUUACAGCCCAAUUUAGUGCACAACCACAACCACCCCACCAUCCCACGGAUGGUACUAUGUAGACCAAACUGAUUUUCCGAACUGAGCGUUUGUCAGUAGCGUGUGUGUGUGUGCGGCGUUCCUUUUCCCGACAUCGCUUUACCACUUUAAAAGAUACUUAAGCUUUCUUAGUAUAAUGCGGGUCCCGAAUAGUUUGUCCCAGAGGUCGCUGCUUAUACCGUAACCUGGUGGAAAGUGGGAAGAAGAGCAAAACCAUGUAAAGCGCGAUUGAUUCAAUUAGGCUGAUUGCUUCACAAAAUGUAAAACAUAUUUAAUACAACAAAACAACAAUGGACUGAAAGUUGGAA